AUGCUUACAACGCCUCCACGCGUGCUCGCCAACACUGCGUCCGAAAAGCCAGAUGCUCUCGCCUUCAAAGUGCCCAUCAUCGACCCCAAAACAGAUCAAAUAGCCGACUGGAAGUCAAUCACAUAUUCUGAGUUUGCGAUGGAUGUGGUACGACUCGCUGCAGAGUGGUUGAGAGUUUUGUUGAAGGAUGGGAUACCUCAGGGAUCGGUAGUAGCAAUUUGCCUGGGAGGAUACGAGUAUCUCGAUGCGGUACAUGUUUAUAGCAUCCAAAGAGCUGGAUACGUUCCCCACACGUUCAGCCGACUGCCUAGCAUCGAAGUAAUUAAAGAUCUCCUGAAAGAGUCGGAUACCAGGGCACUCAUUCGUGCCUCCCAAUUCAAAGACAUUUUGGCGAGCAUCCAGGACGUCCCGGUAUAUGACGCGGUGACUUCUCUGGACUUUGGAGAAGUUGGAUCAUCACCGAAACUGCCUCCGUUAGAGAGGCCGACAAAUCCCAACGACAUGAGUAUCAUCGCGCACACAAGUGGAUCGACGUCAGGCAGACCGAAACUAGUUCGAGCUACUCACUGUUGGGUAAACGACAUGAUCCAGAAGGCGGACAUUUCCAUCCCGCCAGGCCCAGCUAUUGCCAACUGGAUGGGUAACAUCUGCCACGCAGCACAGGACAGGACGAUAAUUUAUCAGAUCCUUCAUGGGAGAUGCACUGUUCAAUCGCGAAAACCAGGCGACCUUGAUGAGAUUAUUGACCAACUCAAAAGAGUCUCCCUGACCCGACUCUACUUCUUUACCCCCUUGUUCGUCAAAUUGUUACAGAGAGCAAGGUCUGACCCAGAUCUUUUGGCUCUACUUUCGGGGUUGGAAUGUAUCCUUGUUAUGGGUGCUAUCUUUCCCAAGUCAGAAGAGGCCUAUGUGGUUCAGAAUAAUGUCAAUGUAGUGGAAGUGUUUGGAUCGACCGAGGCCAGCACUAACCUUGUGACCAAGGGGACCCGAAACGAUCCCACGGGAGUAUAUCAUGUCGUUGAUCUUCCUGGUGUGUCGUACCAAUUCGACCCAAUUUCGCCAGAGGCAAGAAGUCAACCACAGCUACUCGAGCUAGUUGUUCGAUCGGACUCGAUGGAUUGUCCGGGACCUGAACUUUGUCGGGCAGAUGAUGGUCAUUUCCAUACUGGCGAUUUAUGGGAAAAGGUCGAGAGAGGUUAUCUUUAUCGUGGAAGGGAUGAUGACUGGAUCAAGACUGAGUCUGCGCUGAGAUGUGAUACGAAAGCUAUUGAAAAUCAUGUGAGGCUCACAUGUGGCGAUCUGAUAUCCGAAUGUGUUGUUGUAGGAUAUGGACGGCCUUCUCCUGCGCUCUUUAUCGAACCGAGUCCUCGAGUGAUAGAUGUUUCGGAAGCUGAUCUGAAGCGUCUCGUUUUCAAGCGGAUUGAGUCGUUCAAUUCUCAUCAGAUGGCGCAUGAACGAUUGGUGUCGGUUGACUUGAUCGUGGUUGUGCCACGCGACACCCUACCCAGGACGGAAGCUAAGGGUAAUGUUCGUAGGAAAGCUGUUGAGGCGAUGUUUGAGAGAGAACUGGACAUGGUUUACAGUGGGUUGUAA